AUGGCAACUCGUCGCGAGCAGCGCCGAAGCCUUAACGAUUCGUUCAUGCGCGGUUCAAUAUCCCGCCAAGAAUACGAUGAAUUACUGCCAUUCGUAUCAUCACCAACCUCGAGUCAAACCCAACAAGAAUCUUUAUUCGAUGUCAAUCGACCUGAAGCACAACAGGCUGGUAGCGUCACUUCAUCAACGACUCAUCGCAAUGUUCGCUUCGCCGACGAAGUAAACUUUACCACGUCAGAUCCUGGUGAGCAUCACCCACAGCAUCAAAUGCCAGCACCUGUCACGGCUGCAACGUCAUCGUCAGGAUUGCAGCUGCGCUGUCCGGCUUGUGGCACAAGUAAUGAUAUGACGCGUAGCUCUCGCUGCUAUGUGUGCAAUUCGCGCCUUGCCGUUUCUGAUGAGCCAUCAGCUUCAACGCCCAGAAGAUUAAAUACAAGACAGCGCUGGCCCAUUGUAACGGCCAUGACGCCUUCAAAUGAUGCUUUCAGUGCGGCGGAUGGCGGUCGUGUUGUGUUUAACAACGGCAUUUUUUCUUGUGCUAUGCAGGACACACAGAUCGUUACGACGGCGGAAGGAAGCACUUGCGAGGUGUACGUUAUGUGCUGCACGUGGCAACCUGAGGGUAUAAGUAGUCAGCAGCCACACGCAACAUGGUAUGUGUCACAACGAUUUAGCCAAUUUGAGAGAUUGCACAAGGUGUUGAAAAGAAGAUUCUCACGCUCAUCAGCAGUGUUACUACCCCCAUUUCCUGCGAAAUAUCAUUUGACGGACCGACUUGAGAAGAGGAAGCAAGGUUUAGGAAUAUACAUGCCAAGGUUACUAGAAAUGUGUACGCAACUCCCCGACGGACAGUCGGUGCCGGAGCUGGACGAAUUUCUGGAUAUUUCGCACCAGGUCCAAAUUUUCCAGUCUCGGCGUCGUAGCAAUUCUGAGCCUCCUACCGCGAGCACGAAUUCGCCUGAAGAGGCAUCGUCGCUCUUUCCGGCAUUCACGGGUCCUGUUAUACUACCUUCACAGCCACUGGCACCUCCUAUGGAUGCGACAGAACUUGCUCAAGCUGAGGGUGCGAUAAGGCUCCUUUCCAGUGCAGUGCGCAAUUCACGAGGAGACGUUCGUAGUGACGGCACCGUACAGCACCAUUUGGGUGUGUGUGUGCAAUUGGCACCCGGACUGCAGCGCUCUGUCGAUGUGGAGAACCCAUUUGCAGACGCGGACCUCAUUCCACAAGCAUUGCAGUGCCAAGAAGACCUUCAGCAGGCAGUCGCAUUGUACAAUGAUGCGCUCCUUGCUGCCUCGGGGAUUUUACCUGCCCGACAACAAGUGCGAGAAUAUAGCCAGCAUGAGCCACAUGUCCAAUCUCAGCAGAUGCCAGUGGGCAACGUUGUUCCUGCAAGUGCCGCGUAA